AUGAAAAUGACAAUGUCACGAGUGCAAAAAAGAGCAAUGGAAAGUUUGCUCGUGGUUCUCUCACUAGGAGUCCUCGUCCAGCUCGCCGGCUGCAGCCCUCCGCCGGACCCAGUGAUGUGCACGCAUGGCACGUCCAACUGCACCAUCACCAACACGUACGGCUCCUUCACGGACCGCACCAUCUGCCGCGCGGCCAAGGUCACCUACCCGCGGACCGAGCAGGAGCUCGUCGCGGCCGUGGCGGCCGUGGCGUCCACGAAACAGAAGGUGAGGGUGGCCACCAAGCACUCCCACAGCAUUCCCAAGCUGGCGUGCCCCGGCGGCGACGACGGCACCAUCAUAAGCACGGCGCAGCUCAACCGGACGGUGAGCGUCGACGCAGCGAAGCGGCUCAUGACGGUGGAGAGCGGCAUGCUCCUCCGGGACCUGGUCGAGGCCGCUGCCGCCGCGGGGCUGUCCCUGCCGCACUCCCCGUACUGGCACGGCCUCACCAUCGGGGGCCUCUUGAGCACGGGAGCGCACGGGAGCUCGCUGUGGGGGAAGGGAGGCGCCGCGCACGAGUACGUGGUCGGGCUGAGGAUCGUAACUCCGGCGCCGGCGAGCCAGGGGUUCGCCGUGGUGAGGGAGCUCGGGGCUGACCACCCGGACCUGGACGCGGCGAAGGUCUCCCUUGGGGUUCUCGGCGUCAUCUCUCAUGUGACUCUGGCCAUGCAGCCGUUGUUCAAGCGGUCAGUGACGCUCGUGAAGCGCGACGACUCGGACUUCCAGGAGCAGGUGGCUCGGUGGGGUCAUCUUCAUGAGUACGGCGACAUAACGUGGCUGCCGCACGAGGGCAAGGUGAUCUACCGCCAGGACGACCGCGUCGACGUCUCCACCCCGGGCAAUGGCCUCUACGAUUUGCCACUUUUCCGCAUCAGCCCCACCCGCGACCUCAUCGAUGCAAGAACCGCCGAAGAGCGGCUGCAGGAGAAUGGGACCGACACCGCCCGGUGCGAGGCGGCGCAGCAGCAGGCGGCCGCGUCGGAGCGGCUGAAUAUAUUCACCAACGAUGGCGUCUCCUUCACGGGGUACCCGGUGGUGGGGUACCAGCACCACAUCCAGGCGUCCGGCACGUGCCUCAAUAGCCCAGAGGAUGGCCUCCUCACUUCCUGUGCCUGGGACCCGCGCAUCCAAGGCUCCUUCUUCGACAACUCCGGCUUCAGCAUCCCGCUGUCCAAGGCACCGGCAUUCGUCGCCGACAUGCAACGUCUCCGGAACCUCAAUCCGUACUUGUUUUGUUCUUCCGUCGACGCCAGGAUAGGCGUGCUCCUACGAUAUGUGAAGGCGUCAUCCGCUUAUCUUGGCAAGCCGGAGGACUCGAUCGGUAUCGACAUCAUCUUUUACCGGAGCCAUACCGAAGGCAUGCCGCGUGCGCAUGCCGAUGUGGUGGACGAGAUCGAGCAAAUGGCGUUGCAUAAGUACGGCGGCAUCCCGCACUGGGGUAAGAGCCGUAAUUUCGCCUUCGAUGGUGCAAUCACGAAGUACCCAAAAGUUCAUGAGUUUCUUAGGGUGAAAGAUAGGUACGACCCAGAGGGGCUCUUCUCCAACGAAUGGACUAACAAGGUUCUCGGUAUCAGUGGAAGUCCCAACAUCAUCAAAAAGCGUUGUGCCAUUGAAGGACUUUGCGUCUGCUCCAACAACUCGCAUUGUGCUCCGGAGCAAGGCUACUUCUGCAGGCCAGGGAAGGUGUAUAAGGAAGCUCGUGUCUGCUCGUUCUUUAAGAAUUAUUAA